AUGGCCGGUUUCACUAUCACGAUGCGAGCUGCUGCUUUCUGCACCUCGCGCACGCCUGCUGUUUCCCGUGCUGGCGCUGUGAGGAGUUUCCAGAGCUGCAGAGUUUUGGCUGCGGGUAAGGAGACGAAGCCGCAGGACGAGGGCCGCAAAGAAGAGAUCGAGCGCGAGAAGCAGCAACAAUUGAAGGAGCAGAAGGAGGGCCGCAACGAGUGGAAGGACGCCCUGGCCAGCGAGAGUGAGAGCAUCCUCAAGGCAGACCGCGGCGAAGUCAAGGCAUCGAAGGAGACCAUUUCCGAGCUACAGAAGGAGUCCGCGAAGGCCGCCGAGCGUGAGAAGAAGGGACAGUAG